UCUGUCUGCAGAUUAUUUCAUAUUUAAUGAUAUUUUCAUCCGAAGUUAACAAACAAAUUUAAGCCGAAUAAAAUGUUGGUUCUUUUAUACCACUCUGUUGAUGAAAUAUUUUCUGCCCCGCUCGGACAUGAAAAGUACCUCGACUUACUGCAAACGUGUAAAUGUCUUAUAGCAUUUUGUUCAUUUAGCUCUUGAAGAAGAAGACUGUUAUACAACACCAUCGACAUAUCGAGGUAAAAGUAGCAGAACAGUCAACGGCAGAACCUGUAAGUACUGGGACAACAUAUACCCGUACAACCAUUGGAAUUACUUCUUUUUAAGAGGAAACAAUUACUGCAGUGGCGUUAUUCGUAUUCAUCAACUAGGCAAUAAGCAUUUAUAUUUAGGUCGCAAGGUCGAGAAACCAUGGUGUUUUACUACUGAUCCUAAUGUAGCAUGGGAAUACUGUGAUGUAGAACAAUGUGAAAAAGUCACAACUGAUGAUCUAAAUCUAAAGACAGGAACUCAAGAAAAAGCUAUGGGAAUUCCUCAUUAUAUAGAUAUAACUGACCACCUAAGACAUGUUCGUGACCUGUUUUUGCCGAGUAACAGUCGAGCUAGAUAUGUAGAGUUGCACCAGGAUGGUACAGCAGACUAUUACCCUCUCUGUGAAGUCGAAGUUUAUGGAAUACAAGAUGAGGCUACCAAUGUUGCUCUUCGAAAGACUUCUCAAAUGUCUUCAAUAAAUUCAGAAAAUCUCUUUGAUCAAAGUCUAGCUGUUGACGGUAUUACCGAACAAAAUAUGCUCAAAGGGUCAUGCUUCUACACUGCAGAAGAGGACAAUCCUUGGUGGCGAGUGGACCUCGCUGGUAUCUAUGUGAUAUUUUUAGUGAGAUUAUACAACCGGCUCGACUGCUGUAGUUAUGACACGCAUGAUGUUCUACUGAAAGUAGGAACCUCAUUAGGAACAAUGAUCAACGCAAGCGAGGUUGCGGGUCAAAUAGAAGAUAUCCAAAAUAUCUAUCUUCCAAUAAACACAGAAGCAAGAUUCAUAGAACUGAUACGAAAAGGAUGGGGAGUUUUUCACUUGUGUGAAGUUGAAGUGUUUGGAAAGAUAGCUGUAUGUAAAUUCGACCCCUGUCAAAAUGGAGGCAAUUGUUCCGUCAUACACUGUGACGAUCUAGAUAACUGCAGAAACUACACGUGCGCUUGUGCAGACGGCUUUGGUGGAGUUGACUGUGAAAGUUGCACGUAUAAUGUUGCUGUUGGGAAACAAAUUGAAGCGUCAAGUAUUCACCAUAAGAGCUGGCAGCCCAGUAAUGUCAUAGACGGAGAUACCAAUCAGAAUGUCCUACUUGGAGCCACCUGUUUUUCCACCCAGAAGGCAAUAAAACCCUACGUGAUGUUAGAUCUCGGUGAUGAAUAUAAUCUUACUGGUGUCAAUGUUUACAAAAGACUGGACUGCUGUGAGGAAGAUAACUACGCUAUUGAAUUGUUUCUCAUGAUGACAACAUGGACCAGCUAUGGAUACACUGACGGUCCUGUCGAAAGGAUAGCGGAAUUUGGAAUAUAUCCAUAUGUCGCAACAAAAUAUGUAAAACUUGAAGCAAAAGAACAGCGUCCAACAUUCCUUCAAUUGUGUGAGAUAGAAGUGUUUAGCAUUUGUGAAGAAGAUAUUACAACGACAACUUCUACUGUUCCUGAGACAAUGGCUGAACAAUCGGUGCCUUUAAUACAGAUGAGAUUUUCGCUGUCAGACAAGUACAGUGAUGUUGUAAAAUCAGAAAAGUUGUUUAAAAAAUUGAUCAGACAUGGGUUGUCUAGUCAAACUGGUUAUUCAGAGGAAAGUUUUCGAAAUAUACAACUAGAGAAAGAACCCUUCCGUGUCUCUUUUGAACUUCAUGCAAGUGACAGAAAAAGGACAUCGUUGAAUGAGAUGUUGGAAAAGAUAGAAACCUUGAAUAGAUUUGGAAUUCUAGACAUUGAAAAUGAAGAUGGUCAACUAUUGGCAAUAACUGCUGGAAGUCUACAGUAUCAUUUGCUGUUUGUAGAAAACAAAGGAACUAGAAUCGAGAAAACUAUCUUGGUGGCUGUUUCUAUCAUCGUUACAGCAAUGAGAUAUAUGUGAGCUAGAUUUCAACAGAACGAUACGGCCGAAACGCUUACCACUGGUUUAAUAUUCACUGAUAGCAUAGAAUAUUACACAUAAAGCUCCACUUGUUUUGGCACAAAUACUUAAUACUCUGACACUAUUGUAUGUUGUUUUACAUGUAUUCACAGGUCUUGAAGUAGAGUCUGUAUGAUACCUUUCAUAAAGCUCCACUUGUUUUGGCACAAAUACUUAAUACUCUGACACUAUUGUAUGUUGUUUUACAUGUAUUCACAGGUCUUGAAGUAGAGUCUGUAUGAUACCUUUCAUAAGAGCAUUAAACAAGCCCUAUUUUUGUAUCUGUUCUUUGAAAUGCCAUUUUUUAUUGAAGCAAAUCUUUCAAAGUUGUUAAAUUAAAGAAAAAAAAGUCAUUUAUUUAUCUUCACAAAGAAAGCUGUUUGUUUGAAAUUAACUAUGAUUACCUGCUUUUAUUUAUUUAGAAGUCUUGGUCCUAUUAUUUGCGGAGAUUACACCAAAAAGCACAGAAACGCCCGUUGGAUGUUGAUACGUGCAGAAAUUGUUUAGUUUAAGAAAGGGCGACAACUCAGAUUUCCUUAUUGAUAAUCAUAGAGUUCAGCCAAACACAGUAAUAAUAGACUCGGUUCGACUGAGUUAGUUAAUCAGAGUCAAUGGAAAGUGCAACACCCCUCACAACCCCUAGCACUGACUUAAUCAGAAUUCUGUUAUGCAGUUUUCGGUCAGAAUCGAUUACCUUUCUGAAUAUAGAUAUUUCUAUUCCAAACAUAUAUUAAAGUAGUGUACAAAUUCACAAAACUGUUAGUCAGAAAAACGUUUUGAAAAUUCUGGUCGGUUGAAAAACUUAAAAACAAUUAUCAGACUAAUUUAAUGACCAGGGCUUACAAAGACCUACAGUUGCUCUAACAUCAAAAAUGAAUAUAAACAUGAUGAAAACAUAUGUGUAAAAUUAAGUGUCAGCAUUAACAUAUGGCU